AUGUUCUUCACGAACGUUGUAACAGUCACCGCCAUCGUCCUCGGUCUGGCCCAUGCCCAAAUUGAGGUCGACGCUCGCUUCUAUCGCACGGCAUCGGACAGCGGGGCCGUUGGCUGGGACACGGCAGAUUUCUACCUCAAUGCGCACGGUAUGGGACCACGCAUUACAGGCACAUUUUACUCCCGCAAAAACACCAAUGACUGCAGCGUGCCUCUCUGCACCAACCUAGAUGCAGCUCAAUGCUGUCAGCCUGAGCUCCUAAACGCGCUGUCAGGCGGCAAAUACAUUGAUCGCAAUGACGAUAUUACCUACAGUAAACAGAUCAGCCUCAAUGCCGGCACGCACAAAGGAUGUGUUGAAACAGAUUCAUAUGUGUACAAAGCCUUCAAUGGCCAUGUGUACUACGUAAAGAAGUCUAACGCCAGCCUAUCCACUUCCAUUGAGUCUCUGUGGAGUCUAAGAGAGUAUGACCUUCUUAAAGAAUUCAUCAUCCGCCAUGCAGAUCUGAUUCGAGAAGAACGGACCUGA